UACCCUUACCUCUUCAGAACUUAAACCAUGGCUUAAACUGACGCGCGGCCCGUAGGGAUGUGUGAACUUAUAUAAACACCAUCAGUGACACAGCUUCUCUCCACACGUUCACUGACGUCAACAGCAACAGGCUGCACCAUGUCGUUAUCGAUAUGGAGAUUGGUAGCUAUUUUCUUUUACAUAACAAGUGCUGCCUGGUGUCAGGACUAUCAGCAGCAAAAGUAUGGCGAAUAUGAAACUCGUCGCCAAUACAGGUCUGCAGGCGACGAGCCAACAACCAUUGCACCAGCCUCAGUUACUUUAAAGCAGGAAGUUCCAGUGGGAAAUCAAACACUUGAGUCUGUCACAAAUUCUACAAAUACUGUCACUAAAAGUACCAGAGAUAUCAAUGACAUGUUCCCAUCUGAUGUAGAGUUUAUUGAUGAUGCUGAUGUUGUGACAUUACCAGAUGGCUCCUUGGCCUUAGUUACUGAUAAGGCAGAGGUUAACACUACUGAGGUGCCAACUGUAGUUCCAACUGUAGUUCCAUCAUUGGUGGGGCGUGACACAAGCAAAUCAAUUGUGGAGCCCUUCGUUGAGGGUAGUAUGGAUGGAGUGAAUGCUUCAAUUGAAGGAAAUAAGACCAGCAUGGAAAACUUUACUGAUGAAGCUGUCAAAAUGUUGAAGAGGAGGCAAGCUCAAUUUUUUCAGGUGCCUGUUCAACCCCAACAGAUUCCAUUGGCACCUCAAUUCCAGUUCCAGCCUCUGCCUAUGCAGCAACCAGGCAUCCCUGCAAACCAAUUCAAGGUAUCACCCCCAUUUUUGUUUUCUGCACAACCUGGACAACCUGCUAUUUUCCUUCAGCUACCCCCAGCCGAUCAGACUCGUCUUGCACCUGAACAGACUCGAUUCGUUCCAUCAAAUAUACCACACGUAGUGCUACAGCAGCAAGCGAAUGUGCAUCAAGGACAAGCUUUGGUUUUCAAGCAGCCGCUGCUGCCGCCUAAACUGUCCCUGAAUCCUGUUCCGAUUCCAACAUCGACUCCUCUCAGUAACGCUACAAAUCUGGUAUUCAGCAAUGGUAGUCAAGCAAAUUCGCUGAAGACUCGGGAAGCUCACGCGAGUAGGACUAUGCAUAAUUGGCAGUCAUCGGUUUCAUUUAAACCUCCGCCUCCGCAAAGUACUACUCCAGCUCAUCCAAGUCAAGGUCCGUUGCAUUCGCAAGCUACAUUUCCGCCACACUCACCUGCUUCUACUUCUCCAGCUCCAGAUCGGGCUGCUUCAGUACAGGCUUUUUUGCCAGUUGGGCCUCCAGUUCAGCGUCCAGUGGGCACACAGGUUCCGCCACAGGUUCCGCCACAGGUUCCGCCACAGGUUCCGCCACAGGUUCCGCCACAGGUUCCGCCACAGAUGCCACAAGCACCAGCUCAGUUCAUGGUGAGACCACAGUUACAAGGACAGCAAGGACCUCCACGACUGGGUCAACAAGAUCAACAAACCAUUGCACAUUUUCCACGCGGAAUGGAUGUUUCCCCUGCUCAGUUUUCUUUACAGGGGAAUCAGGCACCACCGGUGACUGAUGUGUUCAAUCAGCAGCCUAAGCUACAAAUGGCACCUAUGGGAUCUCCAAUAUCUCAAUCGCCCUCACCGUUACAAACGGUUAAUCCUGAAGUGUCCCCGCCACAACGGUCGGCAUCGUCAGAGAACGGGCCACCACCUGUGGGGUUGCGGAUGGAUUUACCUCCGCAGCCUCCGUUUGCACAGCGGUCGGGGUCGCCUGUACAUCAGCUUCCACAGCAAAUGGCUCCAUCCAUGGCAGCACCAACGGCCAGACCGUUCCCGCUUGAUAUGGGGCAGCGAUCGGAUUCAAUUGCCCAACCUUUGCCAUCGCAAAUGCCGCCUACAACUGGUUUCCCGAUGAAUCAACCUCCUACUCAGCCAGCGCAACGGUCGGAGUCGUUAAUGAGUCAACUUCCCCUUCAAAUGGACUCUCCAAGAGGAUCUCCGGUUGUGCAACCACCACAAUUCCAGCCUCAACUUGGCCAGCCGAUGGGAUCGCCCAUGAACCAGCCGAUGGGAUCGCCCAUGAACCAGCCGAUGGGAUCGCCCAUGAACCAGCCGAUGGGAUCGCCCAUGAACCAGCCGAUGGGAUCGCCCAUGAACCAGCCGAUGGGAUCGCCCAUGAACCAGGCACCACAGCCAUCCCAAAGGGAUCCACGCGUGGGAUUUCCGGGAUUUCAGAUGACUCAGCAAUCUCCGCCAUCUAUGCAGGAACUGAGCGUACCACCUAGCCAGGUAUUUGAUGGGUUUGCGUCACAAGUCUCUCAGUUAAACCAGAGAAGUGUUCAUGAUGAUCGUGACCAGAGGGAAUCUGCAUCCAGGGAGCGGCACAUGAGAAAACGAAGUAUAGGUAUGCACCACAUGAUGAGACGGCAGUUAGAUGCAGUAUCAUAUCCUUCCAAAGAUGCCUACGAUUUUUACGUCGUUAAUCACUAUCGCAAUGAAUAUGAAGGAGGUUUACCCGAUUUAUAACUUCGAUUCGGUAGAUAUCACAACUACGGUUGCUCCAAGCUAUAUCACAACUGCCGCAUAUCUUGGAUUACAAUACUCUGCUUCACGUUAUUGAUCGUUGUUUAGUUCAUCGUAGACCCUAAUAUAAUUCUGUUCGUCAUUA